AUGUAUCACAUACCUGAGCCUCAAUUUCCUCAGAUUCCUCAUUCAAACAGCCAAAACAUUAAUAUAACUCUUGAUAACACUUUUCUCUCUAAUAUCACAAAAAUAAAUGUACCACCAAUAACAAAGCCCGAAUUCCCACCAUUAGAUACUAAUAUUUAUGAAGACACUGGUACGAUUCACACAGAAAAUAUUCGUGGCAUAUCUAUACCACAACUGGUGACUCCACCUUUAAAACCAAUCAACAUUCAGUCUAUUUCAAAUAUUUCAAAGCCAGAAAUAUCACCUAUCACUAUUCCAAGUUUAACAUCAAUUCAAAAACCAACAAUGUAUCACAUACCUGAGCCUCAAUUUCCUCAGAUUCCUCAUUCAAACAGCCAAAACAUUAAUAUAACUCUUGAUAACACUUUUCUCUCUGAUAUCACAAAAAUAAAUGUGCCACCAAUAACAAAGCCCGAAUUCCCACCAUUAGAUACAAAUGUUUUCGAAGACACUGGUAAGAUUCACACAGAAAAUAUUCGUGGCAUAUCUAUACCACAACUGGUGACUAUACCUUUAAAACCAAUCAACAUUCAGUCUAUUUCAAAUAUUUCGAAGCCAGAAAUAUCACCUAUCACUAUUCCAAGUUUCACAUCAAUUCAAAAACCAACAAUGUAUCACAUACCUGAGCCUCGGUUUCCUCAGAUUCCUUAUUCAAACAGCCAAAACAUUAAUAUAACUCUUGAUAACACUUUUCUCUCUGAUAUCACAAAAAUAAAUGUACCACCAAUAACAAAGCCCGAAUUCCCACCAUUAGAUACUAAUGUUUUCGAAGACACUGGUACGAUUCACACAGAAAAUAUUCGUGGCAUAUCUAUACCACAACUGGUGACUCCACCUUUAAAACCAAUCAACAUUCAGUCUAUUCCAAAUAUUUCGAAGCCAGAAAUAUCACCUAUCACUAUUCCAAGUUUAACAUAUAUUCAAAAACCAACAAUGUAUCACAUACCUGAGCCUCAAUUUCCUCAGAUUCCUCAUUCAAACAGCCAAAACAUUAAUAUAACUCUUGAUAACACUUUUCUCUCUAAUAUCACAAAAAUAAAUGUACCACCAAUAACAAAGCCCGAAUUCCCACCAUUAGAUAGUAAUGUGUUUGGAGACACUGGUAAGAUUCACACAGAAAAUAUUCGUGGCAUAUCUAUACCACAACUGGUGACUCCACCUUUAAAACCAAUCAACAUUCAGUCUACUUCAAAUAUUUCGAAGCCAGAAAUAUCACCUAUCACUAUUCCAAGUUUAACAUAUAUUCAAAAACCAACAAUGUAUCACAUACCUGAGCCUCAAUUUUCUCAGAUUCCUCAUUCAAACAGCCCAAAACAUUAA